AUGCAACUUUUGUCACGUAAACCGAACCACGGUGGCCGAAAGGCCACGGUAGAAAAUAAGGUGGCAGAUGAGGAUCCUUUCGGUCUUGAGGAUUUGGAGUGGGUGGCGAAAGAGGUUGGAAGGGACAGAAUUCUCGGUCGGGGUGAAAAGCCUCUGCCAUUCGUACACCGACCGUUCGACGCUGAGUUUACCCUUGACGAUCUCAGACAAUUCGCAGAGGAGGUGGACGCCGAAAGACAAGUGAACGGUGAGGUUUCAACCUCCUCCAAAGGCGAUGUCCAACCUGCGCCGCCGGCGCACGGCGAGAGAGAAGCUGAAAAACUAAGACGUGACUUCGAGGAGUGGUACAAGACCUACCAGCGCCGUGAAAGUUCCCAGUUUGGGAUGGGGGAGAAAGGGGCACAUGCAGACAAGAAAACUCGCACAGAAAAAGCGACGUUGGUGCGCAAUCCCAAGUAUGCUCUCGCACUCGGUGACUACGGCGAGAGUCUUCAUGGUGUCGAUGGCGGUGUGGAUCCCGCGGUCAAAACACAUGCUGAUAUGCGUGAGCACCCGAUGUACCGCCUGGCAUUUGCAGACUGCGGUGACAGAGUACUCGGCUCUACCGUUGAUGUCAAUGCAGAGGCUGAUGAGAAGACCGAGUAA